GUAAUCCAUCUGCUUCUAAUUCAUCUUUCUCUUUCUUUUUCGUCCCUCAAACGCAAUCUUCAUUAUUCCCACAACCCCAACUAGACGCAACAGCUUUCGCGUUUCUCAUUCUUUCGCUGUUCCCUUCGUUCUGAGUAUUCUUCGACGCUUCCUUCUCCGGCCAUCGUAAGAGAUGGCGUCGUCUAUGAGCAUUGCCUGCGGCGGAAACAACGGCGUCGCUGCCAAUCUUGGAAUUCACGAGCGGUGUGGUGUAGCACGUGCGCCGCCGUCCUCCGUGGCGAUCGGGAAUUCGACGGUGAGGAAGGUGAGGAUUACGGCUGCGAUGCCGACGGCGAGGGGACUGGAGAACCGGACGCGCUUGGAAUUGUUGGGGAAGAGGGAGGGAGGGGCGAAGGAUGCGGUUGAGGGGCAAGAGAGGUUGGACAAGUGGAUGAAAGAGUCGGUGGUGGAGAUUGUAAAGAAUUUGAAGGAAGCGCCGUUGCUUGUGCAGGUUUAUCCAAAGAGGAACAGCGAAACGGCGGCGUUGACGACGGAGAGGAAGGUGGUGGUGGAGGAUUGGCCUGCGGUGAAGGAGAGGUGGGAAGCAGGUGAGACGCCGGUGCCGGAGGGAGUUAUAUUUGUGGAGGAGUUGAGCGGCGAUGAGGCGGAGGACGGCGGAGAGGAGAGGACGACGAGGGCUUGGGGGAUUGUGGUUCAGGGGAAGGGUGUUGGGUGCGGUCCGGUUUGUUAUUUGUUGAAGACGACGAGGGUCGGGUCAGGACCCGGUUCUGGAAUGGGGAUUUGUUCGACCCACUUUUGCUUGAUGAAAGUGAAGAAUUUCAGGGAAACGGUGCAGUCGCAGCUCCAGAAUUGUUGGUUGUUGCAAAGUCAUUGGCAGUGAAAUUGAAUUGUACAUUUUUUAUUGAAUAAUUAAUUUUUUCCGCGGUUAUGGCAAUUAUAGCAAAGCUGACUGUGGAUUUGUACAAAGUGAAGCUUUUAGCUAAGUGGAUCUACAAACUGUGAAAUAGUAGUGAUUAUUAUUUUGCAUUAUUUGGAAGACUA